AUGGAGGUGUAUGUUUUUCAUGGAGUUAGUGAAGCUAAUCUGGCCCCACUUGAAUUGGAGUUUGUCCCCCAUGUGACUGAAAGUGGGGUAGGUGAAGAAUCUUUUAACGAGACUUCUAACCCUGAUAAUCAGUCUCCUACUUCUACUUUAGCUUCCAUCCCUACAACUGGUCUUUCUAAAACUUCUUGCACUCCAUUUGAAGCUCAGUCUUCUAUUGUGCCUCCACCAUCUCCUUCUACUGUGCCUCCUUCUUCUACUGUGCCUCCACCAUAUCCUUCUACUGUGCCUCCUCUUUCCACUGUGCCUCCCCCAUCUACUUUUACUGUGCCUCCUCCUUCCUAUGUACCUUCAUCUGAUUAUCCUAUAAUAGAUAAUGAUCCAACUGAUGAUGAAGUGAAAGAUGAAUUAUGA